AUGGAGCGACCUGGAUCUCGGUGUGUCCAAUUCCUGACAGUUAUUGAGAAAGUUUGCAACAAGACAACCAAUGUUGGAAUUGGUUCAAAGAAAGAUUCUGGUGAAGAUCUGCAACAGUUGCGCAAUGCAACAGCAAGAAUUCUGCAAACUGUAACGUUAACAAAAUCUGAUCGCAACCUUAAAGAAUCUUUCAUUAAGCAGAAUGGCUUUACCAUUUUAAUGAUGGCUCUUAGAGAAGGAAUGGCUGAUAAAACAACUGUGGAGAACAUUGUUUUCAUUCUUCUUGAGCUGCUUUCCAAACCAUACACAGGAAAGAAUGCUUCUGCUCUUGUUAGCAGUGGUGCCAGCAAUUUGCUUUUGCAAAUUUUGGUCACAGAAUCCAAAGAAUCAGCACCAAGAAUGGCUUUCAUGCUUCAGCUCCAUCAGCUGCUGGCAAAAAUUGGAAGUAAAGACUCAAAAUUUCCAAUGAAAGGACGACUGUCCCAAGCUUUGUCAAUAACAGUGAGUAUGGUUAAAAACAGUGCUGGUGAAUUCAAAAAGUUAGUACCUCUUCUACAAGUCCUGAAACUGUACUCGACAAAUAGUGUUAAUGCAACAUGCUUAGUGAAGCAGAAUUGUGUCCAAUUAAUGUUCCGGAUUAUUUCUCUAUGCGGCAAAGGCCAUAGCACUGUGUUGAAGCUAGCUCUGGAAAUUCUCUGCAAUUUGACCAAAUCAAAGAGCAAUGCUGUACGGUCAGUGAACGUUGACUUUAUCACCUCCCUGCUUCACCUGCACUCUGAGUGGCACACGCUUGACACCAAGCACAAAAAUCUAACUCUGCGGAAACUGAUUCUGAUUGCUUUAAAGAACUUCAUCAACACGAAAGCCGGGCGUGCAGCCUUUUUGGUGGCAGAUGGGGUGAAUAUCAUAUUUAACAUUACUCGAGAGUGUGUGAACUUGCGAAACAUGGACAACUUAGUGCUGGUGUCAAGCCUCAUUCUGAGAAAGUGCUGCCCUAUUGACCUGCUGCCUCUCGAUAAUUUUGAGAGUUUGGUCACCUUUGACACUCCUGUGUCAGACAUGUCGAACUCCCCAUUACCUGGUGAAGACUCUUCAGUCAAGAUGCAACCCAACUUUGAUACGGAUACCUGGGAGAAGGCAGAAGUCCUGGACAAAGGUGUCACCUUACAAUGCUACGAGGAAGAAAGUGAAGAUGCCAUGAAAGACCAGAAGGAUGAAAUAAUUAAGGACCCAUUGAAAAAGAGAGACCUUUCAACAGAAUUAAGCCAGAGAAGUGAAAAAGAAUUAAAAUUCACUUAUGAGAAGUUCUUUCCUGAAUUACAGGAUACUGAGAGUUUGUCUUGCGGCAGUGAUUCUGCUUUAAGUCACUCUUCGACAGAAAACCAAAUAUCUCCUGGCAAUGAAACUCCACCAGAAGAAUUAAAGUUGGCACCAUCUGAUACUGACAUUUCAAGCAAACCAUCUCUGUGUAUGCCAACACUUUUGACUAAUUUGCAAAUGGAGAGCCCAACCAUGAAGCGGAGAUCUGCAAGCCCCCAUGUGAAAGAGCGCCUCAAAGACAGGCAGACUAGCAGCCCCGCUCGGAAAGGCUCAGUAAGGGAGAAGAGAAGCCAAAUAUGCGAUGGCUCAGAGACCAACCUCAGUAGUCUAUUGAAUAUCACUUCAUUAUCCACAAUGCUGACAGCUGACAAAGAAUCCAGUCUCGAUAUUUCCAUCUCUACUGAGUUCCCUGGUCUCCGAGACACUAUGGAACAUAACCCACAGGUUUAUCUGAACUUUGCUCGGCAAACAAAGAGCAUCUCCUGCUUUGAGAAAGUUGCUUACCCUGACUUUAUUGGUGCUAAGUCUCUUCCCCAGGCAGAGCAGUUGCAUACUGAGAAAUGGAAUGUGUCAAGAGAGAACUUGCUGGAUGAUAUUGACCGUCACUUGCGCCCAGAACACCUCAUCAAUGAAACUGUAUAUGACACUGAUGUUCUUAAUCAACAUGUUGAUGCUGGCAAGCCAACCUGUGGGCCAAACCUUGUCAACUGUGAUGAGAGAACACUUUACAGUAUGGAGAAAAAGAAGAAAAAGAAAGGAGUCUUGAAAUUUUGCUCUCAGUUUGAAAGUGGAAACCUGAGAAAGGCGAUUCAGAUUCGAGAGUAUGAAUACGAUUUGUUACUCAGCUCAGAUAUCAACACAAACAGUCACCACCAAUGGUUCUACUUUGAGGUCAGCAAUAUGUUAGCAGAUGUUCCAUACAAGUUUAAUAUUAUCAAUUGUGAAAAGCUGAAUAGUCAAUUCAAUGCAGGAAUGAAACCAGUUAUGUUCUCGAUACAAGAGGCUCUGUCAGGCCGGCCAUUUUGGUUUAGGACUGGAUCAAAUAUUUGUUAUUACAAGAACUGUUAUACUCGUUCCCGAAGUAAGUCUUACUUCACAGCCAGUUUCCAGAUUACAUUUCAACACAGUGAAGACAUCUGCUACCUGGCCUAUCAUUUCCCUUAUACCUAUUCAACAUUGAGGACGCAUCUAAAGAGCUGGGAAGAGGGCUAUGACCCAAACCAAGUCUGUUACAAGCAUCAAACCUUGUGUGAGACGCUCAGUGGGAACCCUGUACCUCUGAUCACUAUUACAGCUGCUAAAUCCUCCUCUGAUGAGCAGCUAACAACAGAAACGUCCACCUUACCUCAAGAUAAGCAAUAUGUCUUCCUCUCUGCUCGUGUCCAUCCAGGUGAAAGUAAUUCCAGCUGGGUGAUGAAAGGUAUUAUAGAUUUUCUCAUGAGUACGAAAGCAGCAGCACAAGAACUUCGGGAUAAAUAUGUCUUCAAAAUCAUUCCAAUGCUCAAUCCUGAUGGCGUCAUAAAUGGCAAUCAUCGUUGUUCUUUAUCUGGAAAUGAUCUGAAUCGAAGGUGGAUGACCCCUUGUCCUAAACUCCAUCCAACAAUUUUUCACACGAAAGGAAUUUUACUUUACAUGAAAAUUAUCGACAAAGUGCCAAUUCUCUACUGUGAUCUCCAUGGACAUUCUCAAAAGAAGAACAUCUUCAUCUAUGGUUGCUCUUCUUUUCAUUCUUGGAAAGUCUGUGACACUGACAACCCAACUUACAGGGAAAAUGGAGAAGAUACUUCAUAUAAGAUCCUGCCCUACAUCUUAGACCGAGUGGCACCAGCUUUUUCCUUGCAGGAGACCAAGUACCAAGUGGAAAAGAUCAAGGAAGGAACCGCUCGAGUGAUUGUGUGGCGAGAGAUUGGUGUUAUAAAUAGUUAUUGCAUGGAGAGCACGUACUGUGGCUUUGACCAGGGAAUAUACAAGAAUACUCAUGUCAGCACACAUCAUCUGCAUGAGAUGGGUCAUCGCUUUUGUGAAUCUGUCUUACAACUUGCUUUAGUGCCAAAUGUAGAAAUUGAGGUUAGCAGCAUGGUCUCGGCUGAUCCAUCUUCUCUGUGCUUGUCCGAGGAGACCAGUGGCAAUGUUAGCAGGGAGCUGUUUGAGAUGAGCAAUGACUCUGAUGGUACAUUGGACAGAGAAAAAGAGUUGCAUUACGAAGCGGACAAUGACUACCUUUUUGAUGAAAAUUCAGAGGUCGAAGAUGAAGACGAGUAUGUCUAUGAGGAUGAACCCUAUGCAAGUAGUGCUGAUGAAGAAGUUGUGCAGCAGGAUGUAGCUGCAGCCUGGGGGGAUAGCAAGUCCAGUGAAUCCCCUCAGCAAUCAAAGGACUAUGAUAAUGAAUGCCUUUGUCUCUCUCUCUCUCUUCUUUACUCUCCUCAUACUUUUACUUCUUCUUUUCUCCUUGCUCCUUUCUUUUUACAGCUCCUCCAGUUCUGCCCCUUUUUGUAUUCCUCUUCAUUUUUUACCUGUUCCUCCUCCUCCUUUUAUUCCUCUUCUUUCUUUUACUCUCCUUCCUCUUUUCACUCCUUCUUUAACUCUUCCUCUUUCUAUUACUCCUUUUCCUUCACCCCUUUUAUUCCUGUUAGUUUUUACUGUUCCAUCUCCUCCUCCUCUUUUAAAUUCCCCUUUGUUUUUAUUGCUCCUCUUCCUCUUUUUAUUCCUUUUCAAUUUUUACUGCUCCUCCUGUUAUUCCUCGUCUUUCUUUCAUUCUACCUCCUCCUUUCACUCCAUUUUCCUUACUCCUUCUUUAACCCUUCUCCCUCUUUAUUCCUCUUCCUUUUUUUUUACUGCUCCUUCACCUCUUCCCCUUCAUUUUUCUAUGUCUCGUCCUCUUUAUACUUCUUUUUCUUUUACUACUGCUCUUUUUUAACUGUGCCUCUUCCUCCUUUUACUCUUUCUCCUUCCUCACCAUCACCACCAUUUUCUUUCAGAUUUUAA